GGAAUAAAACAAAGGGUUAAACGAUGUCGAUCACUUUUUCAAGCCGUGUGCGGUUGAAACUCGACAUGAUUUCAACCUCUGGUUAGCCAAUUUAUUCGCAAUCCUUUUUCACGUUUUAAAUAAGUUAAUGCACAGAAAAUGAUAGCAGUAGCCGGGAUUUGGGACAAUGCAUGAAAAUCAUUGCGAAUAUUGAACGACGGUGACAAUUUUUUCAAAUCUUUUGGUAUCUGAUACGAUCAUAUUAUUGAUCUGCAUACGAUUUCAACAGAAUCAUCCUCUGCAAUAUACCUAGUGUGGGGGCACGCUGCAACUGCUACAAGUACAGAGUGUAAGACUACUCACAAAUUCGAGCGGAAGAACGAGAGGGACAGAAAAAAAUUUGUGUUUCAAGAAAAAAAUAAAGAGCAGCAAUGGCGGACGUGGCUCAAUUUGACGGAGUUUCAGAGCAGCAGGAUGAUUACGAUAAAAGCAAAGCGUCUGCAGAUCUGGAAGCGUCGGAGGGCACGGCUCAUCUCAUAAGUCGCGAUCCGUGGUAUCAAGUAGGGUUUGUUCUGACGACUGGAGUGAACAGCGCGUAUAUUUUGGGAUACUCGGGGAUAAUAAUGGUGCCUCUCGGUUGGAUCGCAGGCACUAUAGGGUUGCUUGUCGCCGCUCUCGUCUCUCUCUAUGCAAAUGUCAUUCUCGCGCGGCUCCAUGAAACGGGAGGCAAGCGGCACAUUCGAUACCGUGACCUAGCUGGUCAUAUCUAUGGUAGAAGAAUGUAUUAUCUUACAUGGGCUCUACAAUAUAUCAAUCUCUUUAUGAUCAACACGGGGUAUAUCAUUUUAGCAGGGCAAGCUUUGAAGGCAAUAUAUACUUCAUACAGUAGUGAAGGCAUGAUGAAAUUACCAUACUGCAUCACAAUUGCAGGGAUUGUUUGUGGUAUGUUUGCAUUUGGCAUACCAUACCUAUCAGCUUUAAGACUCUGGCUAGGUGUUUCAACUUUCCUCACUCUCAUCUAUAUUGUUAUUGCGCUCGGGCUAUCCAUAAAAGAUGGUAUCAAUAGCCCGGCAAGGGAUUACGGGAUUCAAGGCUCAAAGACAACCAAAAUUUUUAGCUCAAUUGGCGCUACAGCAAAUCUUGUUUUUGCAUAUAAUACAGGAAUGCUUCCAGAAAUACAGGCUACAGUAAAACGUCCAUAUAUAAAGAACAUGCAGAAAGCCCUAGUAUUCCAAUUUACUGGAGGAAGUCUCUUGUUAUAUGCAGUUACCUUUGCAGGGUACUGGGCCUAUGGUUCAUCAACUUCAUCAUAUCUACUGAAUAGUGUACAAGGGCCCAAGUGGGUUAAAACUCUGGCAAAUACUGCUGCUUUUCUGCAGACUGUGAUAGCCCUGCAUAUAUUUGCAAGCCCAAUGUACGAAUAUUUGGACACAAAAUUAGGAAGAAGCAAUGAAAGCAUGUAUUCUGUAUACAACUGGUGUGUAAGGUUGGGGGGAAGAGGGACAUACCUGACAAUCAACACAUUUGUUGCAGCAAUGCUUCCAUUCUUAGGAGAUUUUAUGAAUCUAACAGGUGCAAUCAGUACCUUUCCCUUAACAUUUGUGCUGGCAAAUCACAUGUACAUCAGAGUAAAGGGGAAGAAGCUCAACAAAUUGCAAAAGUCAUGGCAUUGGGCGAACGUGUGCAUAUUCUCUGUGUUGUCGGUAGCAGCAGCAGUGGCAGCAGUUCGAUUCAUUGUUCUCGACUCCAAAACUUACAAUCUCUUCGCUGAUCUCUAAACAUACCAACUCAUUUUUGGAUUAUUAUUUUUCUGUAUUUGUCUCGGUGUUGCCAUAAGUUGAUCUGCAGGGAGGGAGGGAAAUGGAAGCGCCUCCUAAUUCAGCCUAAACGGGUCCCCUGCUUUUUAAAGAUCGCUUACAAUCUAGGUGAUCAACAGUAAAUUAUUUGAGUCCUGUGGCAGGGAGGGCGUUAUGUACUUCUUAAUGUUUAUUAUCUUUCUUUUGUACAAGGGUCAUGGCCCUUUCAAAAUCCAUGCUAGUGUUAUGGCCUUCUAAAAUUCAGGUUUAUCUUAAUAAAAAACAGCAUAAAUCUUAUUGCAAA